UAUUAUCAUUUUGGUUUGGAAAAAGAACAUAAUUCUAUUUCAUUGUUUUUCUUAAUUUUUAUUUAUUUAUUUUUUUUGCUUGGUUUUUUUUUUUUUUUUUUUUUUUUUUGUAAAUCCAAAUUAAUUGAUCAGCCAAGCAGAAGCUCCAGCAGAAAUUGUUGCAGCUGUAUCAAAUUGAAGAAGCAUGAAUUUUAAGAGAAGGCUAAUGGUGUUGUAUGUGCUCAUAGCAGGUUGUCGUGCUGCUCUUAGUGGCGAAUGGAAGGCCACUGUUGUGAAGCGCAUUGACGCCCUGGUAACUUCCUGUGUGGUGUUACCCUGCUCAUUCAGCCAUCCGAAAGAACAACUCCCCAGCUCCAGACUUCGAGGGAUCUGGCAUCUUCAAACGCAACGUGACCAACGCAUAUACCAUCAGGAUGAGACAAAUAUCUUAGCCAGCUUUCGAGAUCGCACUCGAUUGUUGGGGCAUUUGGGUCAGGGGAACUGCAGCUUGGAGAUGACGCAAAUCAAAGACUAUGACAAUGGACCUUUCUGUUUCCGCAUUGAAUUAGCGCCAAUGGAAGGCGAUACAUCCAGCAGUGACAAAUUCUCCUUCGUCGAGGACUGCGUCAAGUUGAAAAUGCUACCUGCCCCUCCAAAACCGACGUUGACCCUGCACGCAAACAUAGCAUACGAAGGACUUCCUUACACCGUGGUCUGCUCAGUGACCUACACUUGCCCUACCCACGGGCCCUCGCUGACAUGGAGCAGGGGCAAUGCACACGAAGUCACCACCGUCAUCAAGGAGAUACACAGUGGGUUUUGGGAGGCUCAGUCCAUCCUCAUCAUCAUUCCCGAGGCGAAGGACGACCACAGUGAAGUCACUUGCAAGGCCAGCUUUUAUGGAGGGAUGUCAUCCUCUGACAAGUUCACCCUGUUUGUCAAACGCACCAAAAACCAUCACCACAUCAUCGUUCCUUCAGUGGUAGCAGUUGGGAUCACUGUGCUCUUCGGAGGACUCUGCAUCGUCAUGGUGAAAAAAUACAAAACUUUGUUCUGCUCUCUACUCAAGGAAACGCAUUUCAGAACUUCAAGAUCAAUCCAGCAUGCGCGACCGGCUUUCGAGGUUGUCUCGUCGCAGGUCUCGAUCGGAUCAUUUGGAACUAGGGAGACCGAGAGAGAACAUGAUGGAGCUGAAUCAUUUACCAAGCACUUCGACAUCUGGAGCUGGACAGAAGUUCUGCAAACCUCCUCGACCAUCUCCAAAAAGCCAGCCCGGAUCUUCCAAUUACAAACCGGACAUUUCCGAUGCUGAUGAUUACGAGAACACAGCAUAUCUCAACGUGUACAGGAACUGCUGAAUUCAACAGCUCACAAACAUCAAUUCGCAUUGCAGUCAUUGGUCAAGUGAAAUAAAAUGCAAUAUUUCAAUUUUGUUCUGCUUUAACUGCAUAUGUUCAGGAAAACAAUGACUUAGAAAGUGAAGGAGAUACAACCAUAUGUUCAAAUAAACAGAAA